UUAUAGAAAUAGCUUAUACAUAAUCACUUUAUGCCAUAAGCUCUUAGUUAAGCUAUUUAUCUAAACAGGGAACACAGAAGUUAGACUAGAAAAGGAGGGUAACUAUGUAGUAUGUACUAUAGUGGCUUAAUGAAAUAGAGCCAGCCAGAAUCAUGUUUCUAUGUAGGAUUAAGGCACAACUUUUACUGAUUUACAACUAUAAGAAAGAAUUAAUCAAUUAGUUUUUUGGAGUAAAUGGGAUUGGUGCAUGUCUUCGAUGAAUCAAUAUAACUUUAACAUCAUUUUAUAACAUUUAAGUCUGUGGUGUUCACCUUUAGUUAUUAAAAACUUUUCAGAGAAUCGAAUUAGGGAGUAAGAAUUUCACAACUUUCUGUAUCACAUUAUUUAGAGCACCGCAUAAUUGAGCAUAUGUGAUUUUCAUACAAUACUACAAUUAACACAUUUAUAUAACAUUUUGAAACAUGAUAUUAUUUUACUCAUGCUCUUUGAGAGGUCACAGUUUCAGCAUUUGUUGCACUCAUGCCCUUUAAAUGGAAAAGGAUAUAGGGGAUUAACAUACGGAGAUAUAAGGGCUUCAUAUGAUUUUGGUUCUUUGCUAUUUCUGUGCAAUUAUCAUAGGCAUGUGGCAGGGAAGAGAAGCAGAGGAGAUUAAAUUAGGUGGAGGAGCAGCAAAGUUUUAGGCUUUUGCUGGUUAAGGAGAUGUUUUGGAAAUUAGAGACGAGGAAAGUUUUGCAGUAAGUGGUUAGAGAAGGGAGGAGUGAUGCAGUAGAAGUUUAGCAGGUGUCAAGGGAAGAUGCUGUCAAAAGAACAUAAAGAUCUCUUGCAAAGUUUUGUCAACAUGCAAUUAAUUUGUUGGAGUAUGGUUUUUGGGGGCAGUGGUGUUAUUGGAGUAACUACUAAAUCUUCUAACAUGAUAAUAUUCACGGGAGGAGAUAGCAUUUUAUCUUACUUGAGGUACCCUGGAACAGGAGAAUAUGACAAGUUCUUUGGGGAGGGAGUCUACAGUUGUGCAGGUUGCGGGACUCCACUCUACAAGUCAACGACAAAAUUCAAUUCCGGUUGUGGCUGGCCAGCCUUCUAUGAGGGUGUUCCUGGAGCCAUAAACCGCCACGCGGACCCAGAUGGAAUGAGGAUAGAAAUAACAUGUGCUGCUUGUGGGGGACAUCUCGGUCAUGUAUUUAAAGGUGAAGGAUUUCCGACACCCACGAACGAACGCCAUUGUGUCAAUAGCAUUUCACUAAAAUUUGCGCCAGCCAAUUCCUAGUUAUUUACAAUGAAGUCCACUCUGUGGAUACAUGAUGCUCAUGGUCCAUAAAGAACUAUAACAGUACUGAAAUUGGGACUGUGGCUUAUAAAGUUGUACCUAAAGUAUGUAGCUUAAAUAAAUGUUAAACCAGAUGUUCCUUUAUUUCCCUCCUCUCCUGGGGGUUGUAUUAUGUAUGUUCUCAAGUGCCUGUAUUGUUCCUGAGACUGUUUUGGUAUGAAAAAGUUUAAUGCCAUAGAGUGUAGUUAUGUUUGAACCUAUUAA